AUGAGAUUAAUCGAUGUGAAAGGAAAAAAAAAAAAAAAAAAGAAAAACUUUUUUGUUGUUGUUGUUAUUGUUGUCGUAAGCAGAUGCUCGGAAGACGAAGAGCGGCUUGUUCGGGAUUUAUUCCGUGGCUACAACAAGCUCAUCCGCCCAGUGCAAAAUAUGACACAAACAGUUGAUGUUCGGUUCGGUCUUGCAUUCGUCCAACUGAUAAACGUGAAUGAAAAAAAUCAAAUAAUGAAGUCAAACGUUUGGCUUCGAUUGGUCUGGAGCGAUUACCAACUACAGUGGGAUGAAGCUGACUACGGGGGCAUUGGGGUCCUUAGACUGCCGCCGGAUAAAGUUUGGAAACCGGAUAUAGUUUUAUUUAAUAAUGCUGAUGGAAAUUACGAGGUACGAUACAAAUCAAAUGUACUUAUUUAUCCAAAUGGAGAAGUGCUGUGGGUUCCUCCUGCCAUUUAUCAAAGUUCAUGUACGAUUGAUGUGACGUAUUUUCCCUUCGAUCAACAAACUUGCAUAAUGAAGUUUGGAUCGUGGACUUUUAAUGGAGACCAAGUGUCCUUAGCGCUGUACAAUAACAAAAACUUUGUCGAUUUGUCCGACUAUUGGAAGUCGGGUACGUGGGACAUAAUCGAAGUGCCGGCCUACCUCAAUAUAUAUAAUGGCAGUGCUCCCACAGAAACGGAUAUAACAUUUUAUAUAAUAAUUCGACGAAAAACACUUUUUUACACGGUGAACUUGAUACUGCCAACGGUGCUUAUUUCGUUUCUUUGCGUACUCGUUUUUUAUCUCCCUGCAGAAGCAGGUGAAAAAGUGACAUUGGGAAUCAGCAUUUUGCUCUCGCUGGUCGUGUUCCUCCUGCUUGUUUCCAAAAUUCUUCCGCCCACCUCGCUCGUCCUACCGCUCAUCGCAAAGUACCUUUUGUUCACGUUUAUUAUGAACACCGUAUCAAUAUUGGUGACCGUUAUCAUCAUUAACUGGAAUUUCAGGGGGCCUCGAACCCAUCGAAUGCCGCCUUGGAUUCGUGCCGUCUUCCUCUAUUAUUUGCCGACUAUACUUUUUAUGAAACGACCGAAAAAGACUAGAUUGCGUUGGAUGAUGGAAAUGCCGGGUAUGAGUGCUCCGCCUCAUUCUUACGGAUCACCCGGCGAGCUUCCAAAGCAUUUCCAACCUCGUGCUAAAGUCGAGGUUUUGGAAUUGUCAGAUCUUCAUCAUCCCAAUUGUAAAAUUAAUCGGAAAUCAAGCACUGAAAUUGGAGGCGGUGGACGACGUGAAAGCGAAAGUUCAGAUUCGCUACUGUUAUCACCGGAAGCUUCGAAAGCGACGGAAGCUGUUGAGUUUAUUGCAGAACAUUUACGAAACGAAGAUCAGUACAUUCAGAUACGAGAAGACUGGAAAUACGUAGCAAUGGUCAUAGACAGACUCCAGUUGUUUAUAUUCUUUAUAGUAACAACAGCUGGUACCGUAGGUAUUAUUAUGGACGCGCCUCACAUAUUUGAUUACGUUGAUCAAGAUAAAAUUAUUGAAAUAUACCGAGGGAAAUAA